UCGAUGCGUUCAGCGGGUUUUGGACAAAGAGAGAAACAUGUCGUCGGCAACAAGGAAGGUGAUCUUGAAGGCCUCCGACGACGUUGUCUUUGAGAUCGACGAAGCGGUGGCCUUCCAGUCGGUGGUAAUUAAGUUCGCAAUCGAGGAUUGCCACGACAAUUACAUCCGGUUGCCCAACGUCACGAGCAAGAUUUUGGAGAAGGUGAUCGAUUAUUGCAAGAGGCACCUCGAGGCUGAAGAGUCUCCUUAUCAGCAGGCCCGGGACGACCUCGAGGCUUUUGAUGCUGAAUUUCUCAAAGUAGAUCAGGCCACGCUGUUUGAUCUCAUUCAGGCAUCAAAUUGUCCGAAUAUCAAGAGCUUGUUGAUCCUAACUUGCCAGACGAUUGGAGUGAUGCAGAACUAG